UGUAGAUCAUAGGCACUGCGACCGCCGGUCUCUUGUAACCGCAACUCCUCCAACAACGACGCCGGCUCGAACAGUGAGCUCGACUGCAUCUGUUUGUACCUUGUAGCCAGGAGACUAGGAGGAUGCGCUCGGCUGUCUUCCAACGUCUUUCGGCGCGGUCAUGAUGCAUUCGUUGCAUCGACUCGACCUCCAUUACAAUGUCGGGUGUGGAUGACCUCGUCGGACAGCCCAUCUCGCAGGAUACAUCCUUCAAUUGGACAUGGUUUGUUGAACUAGCCACCUGCUGCUGUCUGGCGCUGUUCUUUCUCUUCUACUUUAACCGUCUCUUUGCGACCCUCGUCUCAUACGGGCUUCGAGCGUACACAUGGCACAAGUACCGUGUUUGGAUCGAUAUACAGGCUCUCCAGCUGUCCUUUUUGGCGGGUAGAAUCUUCUUCAAAGGCAUUCGUUAUCAUGGGGAGAAUGAGACCGUCUUAAUCCAACACGGCUAUAUCACUUGGAGGUAUUGGCUGCGAAUUUCACGGCAAGUCGACCUUACCACGCCGGACGACGACAACCCAGGAGAUGGCUUCGAUGACGACAAGCAGGAGUCGACACCGGAUGAGUCUGGAGAGUCCAAGCAGUCGAUGUCAGACCAGGAGCGGGGACGAGCCAAAAAGGAUGAUACAUCUGAAGCACGUGUUGCGAUCAAUAUAUCCGGUUUGGAGUGGUUUGUGUACAACCGCACGCCUGUUUAUGAAGCCAUCGUGGACGACCUGUUGGAGGGACAUGAUCAGACAGGCCACAGUCACCAACGAAAUUCCGUGGCCAAUGGAGGGCUUGAGCAUAAAAGUGGAUAUGCGAACCUUCAUCAGGAUGGAAAGGAAAAGCCAUGGUUCAAGGUCGUCUCCGCGAGUGAUGCCUCUCAAGGUGCUGCUUCUGAACAAAAGUCUGAAAGAUAUGUUGAGGCAGGCGCCGGCCCAGUGCCGAUAAGUCGACUUGAUACGUCGACAAGUGUUGCCUCGAACCCUCGCGAACCCGCAACUCAUGUUUCUUCACUCCACUCGCUUCUGAUCCGGAUGCUCCCGGUCGAAGUUGAAUGCUCUAAGGGAGCAAUUACACUUGGGAAUGAGAACACGCGAGCACUGGUCGUCUCGACCUUUGCAGGUGCACAAGGCCACAUUGAUGCUGCCGCCGCCGGCCCGUCGGACAUAUUCCGACAGGUGUUUGACUUCGACAUAGAGCAUCCAAAGGUCGAGAUGAAGCCCAACCCGGACUAUCGACGAACUCAACUCGCUGCAGCUGAACGAAUCGUGUCUGCGGCAGAAUCCACGAGGCCCCCGCGGCGGUGGUGGCUCUUGGAGAUCCGCUGGGCUGGUCGAAUAGGCAAACUUUUCCGUGGCCUCAGGCUGCCCGGUAUCCGCAGCUCAAGAGGGUCCAUACGAACCACCGCGUCACAAAAGGCUGAAAGGAAGAUACACUAUCUGUAUGAUGAUUUUCAGGACGAAAACAGAUCAUGGCAUGGCCUUGGGCGCUAUAUGGACGAAGAUGAACGCGACGAUCAUGAAGGUUGGUCUCAUGUCGACUAUGCCAGAUUCUCUCAGAUCCUCGACUCACCUGCGGUCCGCCUGAACUUCUUUUGGGACAUUCCUGGGAAGGUGACGGAACACCACUAUAGUCUCGGGGCAUUUCAAGAGUGCGGUGAUAUCAACCUGUCGACCCCUCCGGCAUAUGGGCUUGAUUUGGCUGUAAAAGGAGGUUAUGUCAAUUAUGGUCCAUGGGCGGACCGGCUUCGCGUUGAGAUUCAAGCUGCGUUCGUUCCAAAUUCUUACCGGUCCGCGACUCCAGCACCUCAGCUAGAGAUAGGCGAUGACCGGGUGAGCACGGUGAUGACGAUACGGGUGGACCUGGAAGAUGAAGUUACCCUUCGAGUCCCCACCAGAGAGCGAUCUAAGGAUUGGCAGUGGAGAGGACGCGCCCACACCGUGAAGGAGGCUGCAGCCCUACGGAAGCAAAGGGAGAAGAGACACUUCCGCUUCCGUCGAUCCCAGAAAACAAAGCUCGGUCCUGACGUGCGCCCUUUUGGAUGGCUGUCCGUAUCAGCAGGGCAGGAUUCUACAGUGCGCUACGAGAUGGACAUGGUUGCACGACAACAGGGCUUUACAAAUCGGUUGAGCCUCGACCUGCGAGAUACCAAGGCCACUUCUAGUGUGAACCACGCGUUACUAUGGCGUUGCCAGUCGCAAAAGGUAUCCUGUGACUUGUCCAAUCCAUUAGGUUGGAAUAGCUUGCACACUUGGGCCUUCAGCGUUGAGAAUAAUGCCAUGGAGAUGUUCCUCCUCAGAGACCACAUGUUCUUACUGACCGACCUGAUAAGCGAUUUCACCGCCGGCCAAAAGCCUGAUUACAUGACCUUUGUGCCUUUUAUAUAUCGAAUACAUCUGAGCUUCCCAGAUCUGAAAAUUUACCUCAACUCGAAUGAUUACAACAUUAUCGACAAUCCCUGCGAUCUGGAAGAGAACGCGUUUCUUGUACUUGGCUUCCAACAGCUCAAUGGCACUGUCGAUGUUCCCUUGCAGUACUUCUGUCCCAGACAGAGUAGUGUUCUGUUCCAGGCCGAAGGUCACAAUGGCUCCCUCGAGCUCAUCACGCCCGUCUGGAACACCCUGCAUACGCUGGCCGAGGACACUACUAUGGCCACGUUGAAGCAACUAAACCUUGAGGGCUCCUAUAACUAUUACUCUGCCCUGUCAUCCGGCCUGUCAGAUUCGCUCUUCAUGACAAUCACAGGCUAUGCUCCCAAAUUCUUCCUGCAUGGCUACUUGAUCCGGUAUUUCAUGAACGUCAAAGAAAACUACUUCGGUGAGCAUCUGCAUUUUAGAACAUUGGAAGAGUAUCAGAACAUCCUUGCAGGCAACGAGGAUCUUGGGCCGCGCCCUGGACCAAAGAAAGAGAAUGACCUCGAUGUAAUCUUGACCGUACGAGCGGACAGUUCUUGCGUGCUUUUGCCAGCCAACAUCUACUCGAGGAGAGAAAAUGUGAGGGUUGACAUUCUCCUCGUAGAAGCUGAUAUGCGCUUCACCAACUAUUACAUGGAUUUGCAGGUCAGCUCAAGCCCUCUGGAAGCUUCACUUGAGUCCGUAUCUCUGAGCGAGACGGGCGCGAAAAGUGACAUUACGAGCUGUCAGUUGUUCAUCGACGGCGUCGCGGUGUACGGGCAUCGACUCUUUGGUGCGCCCCCGACCGAACCCACCUACGUCUGUAACUGGGACUUCAGCGUCGGAGAAGUUACGGGAGAAUGCUCCUCUCGAUUCAUUGAAACCCUUAUACAUUCGAUAUUGGCCUUUGACUUCACCUUGGAUGAUGCCGAGAAUUCUCUGCCAGCAUUCAAGAAGUCUGUUAUCCACGAUGUAACCUUCCUGAGGGCAGAAAUAACCAGUCUGCGUGUAUGGUUGGUGGCCGGUGGUGCUGCCUUUCUGCUGGAACUGCCCGAGUCAGAAGUCACUUUCGGUGACUGGGCCGGCCCUGACUUCGCGAAGAAAAUGCGGGUGGAUGUCCCUCGAAUAUUGGUAGCAGCCGUUGACUAUGAGUCCGCCCUCCGCAGUCGUGAUCGCGGACAUGAGAUUGUCGACACGUUUGCUUGCUUCCAAACCUCGAUGAAGAUUGGCGUGCUUGAUAAAACGGAUGAUCUUGGGCAUACGCGCUCUUUGCAGCAGCAGCACAUCCUCUAUCAUGACCAGCGGACUCAUAGGGCUGAGUUUUUACUGCGGUCACAUAAACAACACUCCUCAAACACCAAAAAGCCAGAAUGGGCCCGGGAUCCUCCAUCGAUGCCGUUGCCGGUCAUGCCAGAACCCGUUGGCAGAGUUGAGAAGAUGUCAUUUCCAAGUGGCGGCGGUCGGCACGCCCGCCGUCGCGCUCCUCAUCGUCAGCACUCUUUUCUAUCCAGCUCUGCCUCUAGCACCAAGUCCGCGCCGUCCGCAUCUCAUAGUCUAAGAAACCAGCAAAAGUCAAUGGGAGAGUGUGGUCUCUACCCUCCUGCCGCUCACAGCACAUAUCUGACCCCUCCAGGCGGUGGCAGCACAAACGAUCAUUCAGGCGGUAGCAGUAUCAGAGGUCGAUCUCAAGAUCGGGACGUGCACACAGCCUUGGUGACUUUCGCCAGUCCCUGGGCCGCUCCACACUUCACCCUACAUGAGGUACAGCCCAAUGUUACUAGUAUGCCUGAAAUGCCCGACGCCCAGUUCCUGAGGAAUGAGUGGCAGCCACUGUCAAAUGACAACUACCGAGAUCUUGCAGGGCGCGAGUUCGAAAACACUCCUCACAAUGGCCUUUUAUGUCUGCUCGACAGUGGCUUAGUAGGCUUCUGUGGCCCUGCGUUGUUUCUCGCCGUGGGGCAACUGAUCCGUGAGCUCAACGAAGAGCAUGCCGUAGACCGGCUGGACAAGGUACAAAUGGCGGUGAUGAAGCGAAUACUGGCGAUUCAGCAUCAUGAAGAUCAGGGCCACAUAAUGGAUCUUGCAGUUGAGGCCCCAUUCGUUCAUGUGAGACUAGUCAACAGCACUUCAGACAGUCAGGAUUCCGUGGUCUUGUUUGAGGACCACUAUGAUGGGAAACUCAAUGGCACGCGGGUCAUGUAUCGCGCCAUUCACCCCAAGGCCGAUGCUAGGUCCGAAGCUGCUGGAUCGCAUGGUCAUCUGGCAUAUGGCUCCGUUGACGGGCUCAGACUGUCUGUCAGGGACGCUGCGACCAGCCCAGAGAAAGCAACAGCCCAUGCGGAACUGUCCCUGCACAACAUCGGCUACUGGUUGUCGUUAAAGGAAGAGCUCAAUUCGAGGCUGCAGUUGAGCAACAUGGACAUCGUCCUGUGGGCCGAACAAUUGAUCCAUAUGGCAAGCCUCAUACAAAGGACCUACUCGAUGGCUGACCACAUUGCAGCUCCUUUCGUGGGGCUCGAUUCGAGCUCGAAAACGCGACAUCUGAUAUACCACCUCACGCAGGCCGGCCCCUCGGUAUCCGACCCUGUUUUCCUUAUGAGGCCUUCCUACGUCCUCAGGAGCGCCGAUAAGCAUGUCCGCUUGACCGAUUCCUGGAAGAUAAUGUCGAGAUUGCGUCAUGUCUUCUCGAAUCAGGAAUCUAUCAAGGGCCGCAACUUCUUCGAUGAGUGCGGCUGCGAGGUCCAGGAAGUGAGCGACGCUGCCCGGAGACAGGUCUUGUCUUCCUUUGAGCAGUGGCGAGGAUGGGACUAUGCGCGCGACAAGAUCCCGAUCAUGAGUUCUUUCUUCGAUCGCACCCUUACCACAAAACCGUCCCGGCUUGCGGAGCAGUUGACCGUACAAUCAGAAAUUCUGAUUGGGAAGGUUGGCAUCACCCUGGACCCAGGGCCUCAACAAAGUGAUCUGUCCCUGUUAGGUCUUGAUUUCAACGUCUUCAUACACCCUCCAGCAGAAGCUUAUCAAGAGAAAGAUGUCGCUCAAAGAUUAGUUAUUCAAGCUUACCUUGCAGAUACCUCUUUACAUCUCAACUGGGCGCUCGUCCGUCUUGCGCGACAAGUUAUAGAGCUUGGCAAUCCUCUUGCCAAGGGAAGCCAGGAGGUUAGGCGCUCCAAUAAGACAAGAUCGACAACAUUAGCUACGAGAAGGAGCUUCACAGUGGUCGUCGGGAGCGAUGUCGCCUCCAUUUUCCUCACCACGGUCAAUCUUAAGGUCAAGUGGGGUGCUGAACGCUUUCGGAGCGUGGCUUCAUUCGACACGGGAGGGUCAAAGCCAACGAUCUCUUCUUUCACUGCGGCCACAAACACUGCUAUGUCAAGGGUCAAGGGCCAUUCCCAUACUUUGCUCUUGUGGCGUCUUCGAUCUCCCAAAGUGCAUGGUUCGGUUUGGCCCGAAUCGCCAGCCCGGUCGCGAAAGUCAAAGACCGUACUACAGAUUUGCGCAGCAUCGCAGAAAUAUAGAUUCGAGAUGAAAGAGGAUAUCGUCAAGCUCCUCACCGUGUUCGAUCGUGUUGUCCAGGACGAAGUACGAGAAAUUAUGGCUCUGCUAGACGAGGCGCCCAAGGUGGUUGGGGCGAGAGACAUGAAUAUCCAGCCAUCUAAACGGUCGUUGCGCCUGGCUCUCCAUCUUGCUCUGUUCAUGGACGACUACAGGUUGAACUUCACCGUUGUCCCGUCUCUUCGCUAUGCCAUUGCCGGUCGGGUUGCUCGGACGUCCGUUGUGCCACGGGAUGAUGGUGGGCACGACGUCAACUUCGACAUCAAAGAAAAUGAACACUGUUUCGAGGUACCAGACUGGGGUUCAAAGAAAAGCCUGUCAAUCUUGAAGAUGCCUGCCAUUAAUGGACGGCUAUCUGUGGGCAAAACGGCCAGUGUGAUCGCUGUUCGUGCGCGGGUGACGGUGGAGAAGAUAAGCCUCGAGACUGCCGGGAUCCGUGCUUGCUUUGACGCCUUGAAUCAACCUGGAGUUAUCAAGAUGUUACCAAAAGCCAAGGACAUAUUCCAACAAGUGCAAGCCUCCUUGGAGGACGUUACUGGAGAUAAGGCUGAGGCCCAACCCGAAAACCAGGACGACACAACUCUCUUGCUUCGAUUCGCGAUUCAUGGUACGCUCGCGGGAGUCACCAUUCAUAUGAGUGCUCCACCUGCUCGGGAAGAUCAAGAUUAUCGUGCCGAGAUGGAACUCAAGCUCGAGGGCACGUCGGUCUUUGUACAUAACGAGACGACUGAUCCCGAAUCCAUUCACGAGCAACCACAGUUCAUUCUCAAUUCUCGGGGAGUGGGCCUGGCCGUAUACCGCACCACGGGAAGAGAAAGGGUGAACAUCGGGCAGUGUGUCAUAGGACUCAAAGCCUCCGGGAAAACCGAAGGUGACAACAAAUCUGGUCGCGUCCAUGUUUAUCGAGCGUGGAGUGAUGGGAUCACGGUCGAACUCUUUGAAGAGACGGCGAUGGUUGCUACUGACAUUGCGGCAUUCAUACAGAGCCGUAUCAAGUCUCUCAAAUUCUCCGACGACACAGAAAAUAUUCGGCAAAUCCGAAGGAUGACCACUGCCGGGAUCACAGACCGGUUAAGACCAAAGGAGCAGAUAGGAGCCGCGCUUGAAAGCAGCUCCAGCCACGAGGCAACUUCAUCUGCUCUUUAUGAUUCAACCUACGCCAUUGAUCUUGAGAAUAUCCGUCUGCGGUGGAACAUGACGACAAGUGCGGUUGUUUCUCCCACUCGUCUGGUGCAAGAUAUGGUGUUCUCUAUUCGUAAAGUCGACCUCCAGACCCGGCAGGAAGGCACCGCAAGACUCUCAAUUCUCGACACACAAUUACAGAUUGUCCCCCGGUCACAGUUUGAAAACCCGACCCAGCGAACAGCUAAUUCGGCCCUACUUCCUGAAAUUAUUUUUGGAGCUGCUUAUCUCUCGACCAAGCAUGACCGCCGAUUCGCCUUUCACGCCAAAGGAAAGGCUCUAGACCUUCGAUUAGCCUCCGACUUUGUCAUUCCAGCUCAUGCCCUGCAGAUGUCUCUUGGGAAAGCGAGCGCAGACUUAAGGAACUCCAAUUUCAACUGCGAAGGAAGUCAGCAGGUGCCCGAAGCGGGUGGAACGAACCUCCUGGGCGGGAAACGCCUGGCUUCUCUACUGAUCGACGCCGACUUUGCCGGAGCUGUGGUUCAGAUUUCACCAUGCGUGGAAGAGCAGCAACAGAGUUCGGCAUUUCCCUUCUUGAAAGGCGAGAAACGUUCUCGAGCCGGCCGAUACGGACAAGCUGUGCAAGGGGACAAUGCAUCCUCAGCAGUGCUUCAAUCGCCAGGGGUAGCCCUCAAACUUGAAUAUAAAGACAAUGGCCUCGACGACCCUGCCCUGAGUACCGAAGUCAAGGUUGCAGCAUCUUCAAAUACCCUAUACCCAACCGUGGUCCCUCUGAUUCGCGAGAUCUCGUCCAGCAUCAAGGAGAUCUUGGGUGACGAGGAGGCCGAUGGUGAAGCAUCUAAACCGCCUACGGAUCCUGCCCCCUUCAAUGCAGAGGUAACGGGCGACAAAGCCAACCCGGCCGCUCUUUUGGGACGGUGUAAGUUGAACGCCGGACUCUACAUCCAGCGGCAGGAGUUCAGUCUCAGCUGUCAGCCUAUUGCUCGCGUAGCGGCAACGGCGAGGUUUGCAGAUGUCUUUAUCACCGCCAAUACCGUGUCGGCACCUGAUCAGGAACGGUUCUUCGCCAUCUUGACCACGUUCAACCAACUCGAGGCGUCAGUGCAACACGUGUAUUCCAGAGAGUCCACUGCCAACUUCGAAGUGGAUACAAUCAUCAUGUCCGUGAUCAAUAGCAAACACGUUAGUUCCGCGACCGGAAUUUCAGCCGUCCUCAAGGUCAGUCCUAUCAAGACAGACAUCAAUGCAAGACAGGUGCAAGACUUCCUACUAUUCCGGGAAAUCUGGUAUCCACCUGAGCUACGCAGUCAGCCGAAGCAUAGUGGCGCGGCGGCUACCACGCAGGAACAACAGGUGUAUGCAAUGCAGCGUUACCAAGAACUUUCUGCCAAAGGCACUCUCCCCUGGCACAUCAUCAUAGCAGUGCAAGAGGUCAAACUCCAGGUGGACUUUGGACAGGGAUUGGGCAAAACUGCCUUUACUGUUUCUCAAUUUUGGGCCUCGUCAAAGAAAAGCAAUGACUCGGAGCAAAACUUAUGUAUCGGAUUCGACAGGGUAGGGGCCGACAGUGUUGGAAGGAUGAGCGGCUUCGUGGAGUUGGAAAACAUGCGCGCUCGGACGUCAAUACGCUGGCCGGAAGAUGAGACGGUGAAGAAUCGUGCACCCCUCGUGCUGGCAUCCCUCGGCUUCGAACACUUUCGGGUGAAGGCGGCGUUCGACUACCAGCCUUUUGCGAUUGCAGACAUAUCGUCAUUUCAUUUCUUGAUGUACAAUGUCCGGCAAGGCCACGGCAUCGAAAGCGACCGGCUGGUAGGGAUCGUGGAGGGCGGCAAAGUUCAGGCCUUCUGUACCACGGCCGCCGCCGCACAGGCCCUGGCGCUGGUCCAGGCAUUCGAAAAGCUUGUGCAGGAGAAGCACGAAGCCUAUGAAGCCUCGUUACGUGAUUUGGACAAAUUCCUCCGCCGGAAAUCGAUCUUUCCUUCGAGUAAACUGUCGGCGCUGCCGCCACCCUCGGAACCGAAAGAGAAAAAAGUGGCAAAUAAAGGGACAUUUGGACUGCACACGGAUGUCGUUAUUACGCUCCAAGCCGUCGACCUUGGCGCGUUCCCGAACACAUACUUUGACAACCAAAUCCUCAAGGUGGAAGCCACUGAAAUCCAGGCCCGAUUUGCGGUCGCAACCAGUGGCGGCAAGACUCAUAGUGGGCUGGGGAUGACACUGGGUCAGCUGCGGGUUGCCUUAUCCAACGUCAACAGUCCCAGCACCAAGGCAUUGAGCGAGGUUUCAGUGCCGGACGUGAUUGAACGGGCAACUACAGCUCGGGGAGGCACCAUCGUCAAAGUGCCGCGGCUUGUUGCAUCCAUGGAAACCUGGCAAAAGCCCGAUUCCAACGUGAUUGAAUAUAUCUUCCGCAGCGUCUUCGAAGGAAAGGUUGAUGUGGGAUGGAAUUAUGCGCGCAUCAGCUUCAUCCGGGCCAUGUGGCAGACACACUCGCGGGCGUUGGCUCAGCGGCUGGGGAAACCCCUUCCACCGUCUGCAGUCAAGAUCACAGCCGAGCCUCAGGGCGAUGGUGAGAACGGCGGACAGGAAAAGAUCACCGCAGUGGUCAAUGUUCCCCAGUCGAAAUUCACCUACGUUCCAUUAGAACCACCCAUCAUCGACACGCCCCAACUCCGCGACAUGGGAGAAGCUACGCCACCGCUUGAGUGGAUAGGACUCCAUCGAGAUAAACUUCCAGAGGCGACACACUCGGUCGCGAUUGUGUCAUUGCUCGAGAUCGCCAGGGAGGUUGAGGAUGCGUACGCCCGGAUUCUGGGGGCGAGUUGAGUGACUUUAUGCACUACUAGUAUUAUAUUGCAUAGCGAUGGCGUUUGAUUGAUUAGGUACGCUGGCUGGGUUGGGGAAACAAGCACAUGAUAUUAGUGAAUAGUAAUCAGAGAUAUAUUUCCCCCGAUCCUUGAUCAUGGCAUUGAUAGUGAUCGUAUUGGGGAGAGUGAGGUCCAAGUCGAACGGUGUCAGGCUGUAGGCAGAACAAGCCCUUGAUGCAGAGUGGGUCGAUCCACUGUGGAUUCUUAUAGCUGUUUCGAGCCAUCGUAUACGCCGUGUACACUUACAUUGCAGUGUACGAACAUUUU